CCUCGUGGCCCUGCGCGCUGACGUCACGGCCUGAGUGCCCUUCAAUCUGCCCAGUAGCCACCUGCCCGCAGUAAUCAUGGCGUCUGUCAGCAGGCAGCUCCUGGCCCGUUACAUGUCCUCUAGCGCCGCCCCGGCCAAGAAGCUGGCUAUCAAGCAUGUGACGGUGAUCGGCGGGGGGCUGAUGGGCUCCGGGAUCGCUCAGGUGGCUGCAGCUACUGGCCACACAGUUGUAUUAGUUGACCAGAGUGAAGACAUCCUUAAAAAAUCCAGAAAAGGCAUAGAGGACAGCUUGAAGAGGGUUACCAAGAAGAUGUUUGCUGAGAGGCCUGAGGUUGCGUCGCAGUUCAUUGAAAAAACAAUUUCAAACCUUUCAACCAGCACAGAUGCUGCAGCUGUAGUGCACAGCACUGAUCUCGUGGUGGAAGCGAUUGUUGAAAAUUUGGAUGUGAAACAUGAGCUCUUCACGACACUGGAUAAGUUUGCACCCGAACAUGCCAUAUUUGCCAGCAACACUUCCUCAUUGCCAAUCACAGACAUUGCUAAUUCUACAACCAGGCAGGACAGGUUUGGAGGCCUACAUUUCUUUAACCCUGUGCCAAUGAUGAAGCUUGUAGAGGUUAUUAAGGCUCCAAUGACCAGCCAAACAACGUAUGAAUCUCUCCUGGAUUUCAGUAAAGCUCUUGGGAAGACACCAGUGUCAUGUAAGGACACACCGGGGUUUAUUGUUAACCGCCUACUUGUGCCAUAUCUGAUGGAAUCUGUAAGGCUUUAUGAACGAGGACAUGCAUCAAAAGAAGACAUUGAUGUUGCAAUGAAGUUAGGAGCAGGUUACCCGAUGGGUCCCUUUGAACUCCUGGACUAUGUUGGUCUGGAUACGAGUAAAUACAUCAUUGAUGGGUGGCAUCAGAUGGAACCAGAGAAUCCCUUAUUUGCUCCCAGCGAGUUGCUAAAUAAACUGGUUGCUGAGAAAAAGCUUGGAAAGAAGACUGGCGAAGGAUUUUAUAAGUACAAAUAAAAUAGCAAGUGAAGCCAUGCCACUGUGCUCUUUUUAACGUACUGUACAUUGUACAUCAUUCGCAGCUUGCUGUUUGAUAAGUCCUAUUUGUCUGAUUUAAAACAAUCAUUGCAUUGCAAUAGUUUCUUUUUCUAUAACCGAGAAUUAUGAUCAAAUUUGAUAUUUUAAUUGACAUAUUCGUGCCUUAACAAAAGGAUUAUCCAUUCAAUUUCAAUAAGCUUUUUGUACAGCCGCCUAAAAAUCAAGACAGUUCAUAAAUGAGCACAUUUUCAACAAUAACAAAUAAAACAAAUUAAA